AUGGAUCUACCUCGAAGAAAACCACCCGGAGGGGGGUUAGUACACACAGCAUCGUGGACCGCUCUUCUCUUCUUCGUCUGUGUCCUCGUGUCCCUGGGAGGAGGAGGACGGGCGGAGGCGGCUCCGUCGGCAACUGAGCACCAGAAGAGAGCCGCGGACGACCUGUGGGAAGAGCUGACGGAGGGUGGCGAGAGAGCAACCGACCACAAUCAUUGGGAGGGGAUCGUGCGGCGAUCGGCGGACUGGUACGACCCGACCUACGAGGACGACACGCAACACAUCGUGAACGUCCAAGAGUACUACCGCUACGUGUUGGACGAACAAGAGUGGGAGGACGAAGAGCGGGAGCGUACGCAGGAGCUCGCCCGGUUGAUGCACUAUUUCUUCGACAACCUCGGCCAAGGUGACGCCACCGUUCAGGAGGGAGAUGGAGGACAUGUGGGCGACAGAGACAUCCAGAAACCCAUCCCCGGGCGCUACAUAGUGAUGCUGGACUCUACUGCUAAUGUGGAGACCCUGGACAAAACAGUGGCUGUUCUACAGAGGGCGCACGUAGAGAGCGAGGGUAGAAUCAGGGCAGAGCAUAUUACACCCAUCAGAAAUCUCGGAGUUGGUUUUAUGGCCACCAUGAACAGCAAGGCAGUGGAGCUGAUGAAGAAGCAUCCCUUCCUGGAAGUUAUGGAGGAAGAUGUGGCAUUAAGGAGGUCUCCUACACCUACGUUUGGUGGCAAGAGAUACGCUGAAGACAAAGGAAAUCUUGCAGAGGAGCAGAAAAGCAGCAUUCCUUGGAAUCUCGACAGGCUCGACUCUCACGCUCGAAAGAUGGACGGAAAGUAUGAGCCAGAGGGGACCGGAGAAAAGGCCAGUAUAUACAUCAUUGACACUGGGAUACGCUACACGCACAACGAAUUCGAAGGCCGAGCUAGCUUCUCUGGUUUCGAUGCCAUCGACGAGUUGACGGGUCAGAUUUGA